CCUCAACCCCCUCUAACGGAUGCUGAGACUGAGCUCCUGUGCGCGCGAGCUCUGGUAGCAGCUCAAUCUCCUCCUCAUCCUGCAAAGAUGUCGCAUGAGCUUCUCCUCACACGUUUCUUUUCUUUCCUUUUUCUCCCACUGCCCUUCACAGUUCGCCGAAUUUGGUUAAAUUAGCUGCUUUCAUAGCAGGGAGUAGCUAUCCUCGUCCAGGCACACGGACGCCCCCUCCCCACAACGGAGGUGUUUAAACCCUCAACCGGCGCAUUCUCUCUCUCUCUCUCUCUCUCUCUCUCUCUCUCUCUCUCCAACCGCCGCAGAACUCCGCCGACCAACCGUCAGGUGACCGCGCGGAGCGGAAUAUUCACCCGCACGGCCGUCGACUUUCAUCCCUUCACCCCUUCGGACUCCAGGCAACGGGAGCUGCCGCAUUCCCUGUCCCCCGUGUCCUCUCAUCCGGUUUGGGACAUUCUCCGCUCCACGCACACGCAGAUUAACGGGGAUUCUGCCUCCCCACCCGCGCGCUGAUGCUGAUGUCCUUGAGCUCGGCCUGGACGGUCCUGGUGUAGCUACCUCUGAACUGGCUCCACAUCCUGUCUCUUAUUUAUCAGCCGCCUUUGCCUUGAUCGCCCCUCUCUCCAUCCAUUCAUCAUCACUUCAUCCCCAUCAGUAAGCCCAACAGCUGGUCCACCUGACCGUACCUGCACCUGUCCAUGGACUGGCCGUGACUCUGGAGGGAGGGGGACAGAAACAAGGAAAGAGUUGAGUCGCAGAGGAGACGACGGAAGAGAAAGCUGGAUUCAUUCAGAUGUCACGCUUCUGAAGUGGCCCUGCUCGCUGUCCUUCACCCCCUCAUCCUCCUCUUCAGCCUUCUUCAGUUAUGGAGAUUUAAAGGAGCAGUGAGAGACUAUUGCCAAGACAUUAAAGUGAAAAAAAUACAUAUUACCCUGAUAUAAAAUCAUUUUUGAAUAAAACAUUUAGUCAGAAAUAGGACUGUUGAGCACAUGAACAACCCUCCAGAAUCCAAACCAAAGGGGGCCUGAGUAGACAACGGAGAGAAAGAAAAUCACACACACACACAAAACCUUUUACUGACAUGUCAACAACAGCCACAAUGGGUGAAAUGGCAAACAGCGCUGUGGAGUUUUACCCCAAAGGGACACGAGGUGGGGGUGGAGGAGGAGGAAGGGCAGAUGGCAGCCAUGCAGGGGGAGACUUUGGGGUCACAGUGAAGGAGCUCAGGGAGCUGAUGGAGCUCCGAGGGGCUGAUGCCCUACAGAAGAUAGAGGACAGCUAUGGAGACACAGAGGGUCUCUGUCGGCGACUACAGUCCAAUACCACUGAUGGUCUCAGUGGGGAGCCGGCAGACCUGGAACGUCGGUGCCAAACCUUCGGCCAAAACUUCAUUCCCCCCAAAAAGGCCAAGACGUUCCUGGAACUUGUGUGGGAGGCCUUACAGGAUGUCACACUUAUCAUUUUGGAGGCCGCUGCCAUCAUCUCCCUUGGCCUCUCCUUCUACCAGCCUCCUGGAAAAGAAACUGAAUCAUGCGGGAAUGUGUCGGCGGGUGCAGAGGAUGAAGGCGAGGCAGAUGCUGGCUGGAUUGAGGGCGCUGCCAUCCUGCUUUCUGUUGUGUGUGUUGUCUUGGUGACAGCGUUUAACGACUGGUCCAAAGAGAAGCAGUUCCGGGGUCUACAGAGUCGAAUUGAGCAAGAGCAGAAGUUCACUGUUGUGCGAAAAGGAAACGUCAUCCAGAUCCCUGUGGCUGACAUGGUGGUGGGGGACAUGGCUCAGGUCAAAUAUGGUGACCUACUGCCAGCUGAUGGUAUCUUGGUCCAAGGAAAUGAUCUGAAGAUAGAUGAGAGCUCUCUUACCGGAGAGUCUGAUCAUGUACGCAAAUCUGUGGAUAAGGACCCCAUGCUGCUCUCAGGUACCCAUGUGAUGGAGGGCUCGGGGAGGAUGCUGGUGACAGCUGUUGGUGUCAACUCACAGACAGGCAUCAUCUUCACUCUCCUGGGAGCUGGAGAUGUGGAGGAAGAUGGGAAAGAGAAGAAAGGAAAGCAACCUGAUGGUGCAGUGGAGAACAAUCAGAACAAAGCCAAAAAACAGGAUGGGGGAGUUGCCAUGGAGAUGCAACCUCUGAAGAGUGCAGAAGGAGGAGAGGUAGAGGACAGAGAGAAGAAGAAGACCAAUGUUCCAAAGAAAGAGAAGAGUGUGUUGCAGGGAAAGCUCACAAAACUGGCUGUUCAGAUUGGCAAAGCAGGUUUGGUGAUGUCAGCCAUCACUGUCAUCAUUUUGGUGCUGUUCUUUGUCAUCAACACAUUUGUCGUUGAAGGUCACUCAUGGUUGCCAGAGUGCACUCCAGUCUACAUCCAGUACUUUGUCAAGUUCUUCAUUAUUGGAGUCACUGUGUUGGUUGUUGCUGUCCCAGAAGGCUUACCUCUCGCUGUCACAAUCUCUCUGGCUUACUCUGUCAAGAAAAUGAUGAAAGACAACAACCUUGUACGGCACCUUGAUGCAUGUGAGACCAUGGGUAAUGCUACGGCCAUCUGCUCUGACAAGACAGGCACCCUCACCACGAACCGCAUGACUGUAGUGCAGGCUUACAUCGGUGAUGUGCACCACCGUGUGAUCCCAGAACCUGGACAAAUCAACCCCCGGACACUGAAUCUGUUAGUCAAUGCUAUCGCAAUCAACAGCGCCUACACCUCCAAGAUCUUACCACCUGAUGUGGAAGGGGGUUUGGCAAAGCAGGUGGGCAACAAGACAGAGUGUGGCCUGCUGGGAUUUGUAUUAGACCUACAACAGGACUAUGCCCCCAUCAGAGAGCAGAUCCCUGAGGAGCGACUGUACAAGGUGUAUACAUUCAACUCAGUGCGUAAAUCCAUGAGCACGGUGAUCAAGCUGCCUGAUGGUUCCUUCCGGCUUUACAGCAAAGGAGCAUCUGAAAUCAUGUUAAAGAAGUGUUCCUACAUUCUCGAUGCCAAUGGAGAAUCUCGCAGUUUCCGCCCACGUGACAGAGAUGAGAUGGUAAAACAGGUGAUUGAGCCCAUGGCAUGUGAGGGGUUGAGGACCAUAUGCAUUGCAUACCGUGACCUUCCAUCCAAUCCGGAACCAGAAUGGGACAACGAGACAGAGAUAGUAACGGAGUUGACCUGCAUCACUGUAGUUGGGAUAGAGGAUCCUGUACGGCCUGAGGUGCCCGAUGCCAUCCGUAAGUGUCAGCGUGCAGGCAUUACAGUGCGGAUGGUGACUGGUGAUAACAUUAACACAGCCAGGGCCAUUGCUGCUAAAUGUGGCAUCAUCCACCCCGGAGAUGAUUUUAUCUGUCUAGAGGGCAAAGACUUUAACCGACGAAUCAGAAACGAGAAAGGAGAG